UUGAUUUCUAAACAUAACAUAGAAAUAUUUCUCAUUAAUGUUGCUGAGUAGAUUUUUGUUCGAAGAUUUACUUCGGCUUAGAAACAUUGUGAACGAAAAUAUAAAACUCUUUACUGACCUCGAGAUUUAGUGAAGAAUAAAGAUUAAGUUGUAACGAAAUUAAAGAUAAAAAUCAUAAUAGCCAUUUUAUUCUCUCAUUUCGUUUAUGAAAUAUUGGAGUUUAUUUUAUAGUGAAUGUGAUAUGCAUAAAUUAUAGAAGCGCCCAUAUUGUCAAUAAUGUUUCCUUUUGUUAAAUAUAUAAUUUUUACACUUUUUAUCGUUAUCAACUACAAUUUAACAUAUGGUCGGAGAGGAUAUUUUAAUCAAUUUAAACGAUUUGAUACUGGUCUUCUAUCAGAAGGCUUACCAAUGUGGCUAGAAAAACGUGAGGAAUUUGAAGCUCCAUAUAGCCAUGAUAGUAUUUCAAGGGCACUGAAAGAUCGCAGUAAUUUGGAACUCGAUGAACUAAAUCGAAUUAUCAGUUACAGCAACAUUAACCAUCCUUUCUUAGAAUAUUUUGAUAGUGAAUUAAAUCCAAGUGUUUAUUCUAAUGAUAUAAUAAAUCGUGAUAUGAGAGCUAAACCUGCUUUUGAAGCGAUAAGUGGUCUACAAAAUAAUGGAUUACGAUCUUAUAUGAAUUGGCAACCUGCAAUCAUUGGUUCAGUUUGUGCAGCAUUGGGUGUAUUGGUGAUAGCAGCAAUAGGUACAGCUUAUCAGAAACGUAAACUAUGGAAGCAAACCCGCUUGGGUCAAGAUGAAGAAUUUACAUUAGAGAAUUCAAAUUUACCAGACAAAAUGCUGUCACUUAAUUCGGAGGAUGAUCGUAAACUUGCACAAUCAGCACAAAUGUAUCACUAUCAACAUCAAAAGCAACAAAUGUUAGCGUUAGAAAAAGUUAAUGAUCAUACUAGAAUAAGUGAUGAGGAUGACAGUGAAGAUGAUGUGGAUGAGGGAGAUUUCACAGUUUAUGAAUGUCCAGGGCUCGCUAAUACUGGUGAAAUCGAAGUCGAAAAUCCUUUCUUCGAUAAUAAUAAUAAUGAUAAUAAUGAAAAGAAUAAUAACGAUAUUGAUAAUGAUAAUGGUGGAGAGAAAGCGUUGAAUACAAGUGGUAGCUCAGGUGAAUUGAUUGGUUGCAGUGAUUUAGAUGAGCACAUUAGUGACUGUGUCAAUAAUGGAUUUGCCGACGAGUUUAGUAAUCUAACAACAAAUACCACCACCAGCGGAGAAGUAACAUUGAUUACUACAACUACAACCACUGUACCAACACCGAUACAAUCAGAGAAAUCACAUGCAGCUAGUAAAUAAGUUGUUGUGGAACGAGAAUUAAAUCAACUCCAAUAUUUAAUGCUAAUUAUUAUUUUCAUUGUGUUUUUGCAUGUCGUCUGUUAAUGUGAUUUGUGUAACAGAUUAGAUAAUCUUUUGAAAUUCUACAAUCAUUCAUAUCAUUUUCCAACAUAACAAAUAGCAUCAUUGGUCACUUGUAACGUCAUCCAGUAUACAUUGAAGUCUUCGAAGCACAUUUGAAGUAUGGUAAAGUACAUAAUUUCUUUGUGAUAGAUUUAUCCGGAGACGUUAUUUUUCCCUUCAGGAUACAAACUUUUCCCAUAUUUAUACAUCAUGAUUUGAGGUUUUUAUCAUUUCGUUUGCUGUCACAGAUAACAACAUGCUAAACAUGUCAAUACAUUUUCGUUUUUAUCAAAAUUCAUACAUUUUCAGACACUACAUAUUCAAAGUUUAAUGAAAAUUUAUUCAUUCCAAAGUACUUGUCGAAAAGCCAGUUAUUUUUCUAAAUUUUGAAUACUGUACCAAGUAUAUCAUCCUCGCAUUGUGCUGUUUGUUUGUUUGGCUUAUCUUUGCUUACAUCACUUUUCAUCAAUGUUCUUGUGCGUAUAUGCGUGCAUCUCCGUGUAGAUUCUUGUUUGUAAUAGGUAGUAAUCUGUUGUUCGGUUUAAUUCGUCUUGUUACUUCAAACCACCUUUUGCUACCAUGAAAUUGUGUGUCUCCCGUAAUCAUUAGUUGAAUGCUAUUUCUCAAAUAGAAUAAAUGAUUCCACAGG